GACUUUAGUCUGACGAUCGCUUCCACGGAGCGAGGUUGACUAAAUCUGACAUUAUAAUCCCAGGAUAGUCCGUCGGUUCGAGCAUACACGGUAUCUUGGAUCCUGGUGAGUGAUUGGUGCAAAACAAAAAGAAAAAAAAAAAGAAAGAAAAGAGAAUUCGACGAGGAGUGCUCCCAAAAUCUCGCGUCGCGAUGCUUAAAGGUUUAAUUUAAAUUUUACUUCGUGAAACGAUACGGGGAAAACUCAAGCUGUCAAAUAUUCGAAACUCAUAGCGACGCUUGAUAAGUUAAAUCGCGCGUGUAAAAUGUUUUCAAUGCAAGUAUUGUGAACGAAGGUCGAGACAAGGAAGUCGGAAGGAAGGAAAUUUUUCUUCCAAUAAUUCAGAUUAUUUAAAUUAUUGUUAUCGAAAAAAUUUUGCGGGAGAACGAGAAAUCGGGGCUCCUUCCAACACUGUAAUAAUUUACAUAAUAAUUUAUAUUCCCGUAUCAAAUUUCGCUAAGAAUAUAUACCCCCCAGUUUCCGCGGCACGUGGCACGAGUCUGCUCCCUUCUCGCUCGAUCUUAGCAAAAUCGAGAAAGCCGUCGACUUCGUGAACGUGUGCGCGUGGUGCAACGGGCAGGAGAAAGUGCUCUUGCUGUGUGUCUAUCUUUCGAUAUUUUCGGCCGAUCGAUUCGCGACGGCGGAAUCGAUGACCGAGCAUCGUCGGCGACCUGCCUGACGAUGACUGCCUCGCGUUUAUUCAGGACAGCAUGAUUCUCGGCGCGUGCGGCUCGUCCGCGUGCAUUAACAUGCGCGAAGACACACGUGUUCGCGGGGACCGCUAGAUCCAUCUGAAGAGGCUCGAGAAGAAUAACGCCUAACGUAGAGCAGGAACGAGAAAUAUCAUCUGGCAAGGAUCAUCGAACGUGCGACGAUCGAAGAUCAAUUGCGAGGGUAAUUGGCCGCCGAACUAUACGGGCUGAAGGAAUCAAUCAUAUCAUAGCCAUGAACCUCGCGCUGCAUGGAUUCUUGCUGCAGGUUUUCGUGUCGAUCCUCAAUCUUCAUCAUGGCCAUUUGUUAUGCAGCGCGGGGGAACCUGGCUAUCUGGACUUCGACAACCUGCCGGAGACGAACUUCUCGUGUCAAGGAAAAGUGAUUGGUGGAUACUACGCGGAUGUCGAGGCGGGCUGUCAAAUGUUUCACGUGUGCACCAUCGGCCAAAAAGAUCUGGUUUCAGACGAGAUCAUGGAUAUAAAGUUUCUCUGUCUGAAUGGGACCGUCUUCGACCAGGAAACCAGAGUCUGCGAGAGGGUCGACGAGGUGGAUUGCAGUAAAAGCGAGAGAUUCUAUAAUCUGAAUCUGGAGCUCUACGGCAAUAAUGCCGUGACACUCAGCCUUCACGAGAACAAUGAUAGCGACGAGGACGAUCUUAUAGAUCGCCCAGCGGAGGGCGAGAAUCAUCAGGCACGAACAACCUCGGCGCGACCCAGCACCUCGACCACCCUCAGCCCCACGACUACGUCCCGUCCCAGCAAGUCGUCGUCCACCACUGUCGCGAGCGGUUCCUUCCAACAUCCGGCUGGUUAUCCACAGCACUAUCAGCCGCAGCCGCCAUUCCCGCAAGUGCACACGAGCCAGUCCAAGUCGUUGUACGAUGAUAAGAACGGUGGCUAUCAUCACCAGUACAUCUUUCAUAACGGCGGCGAGCGCGUCAGUAAUCAGGCCACAUCAUAUCAGCUGUUCAACAGUCAAGGCGUUGUCAGUUCGACGACACCGUCUCCGCAAAUCCAUCCGCAGAUCAGAUAUAGCUCGACGGUGGGUCCGCCGCCACAGAUCAUUCAACACAACGAACCGUCGACCGUGACACCGCUGUAUCACCCUACUUCCUCCGCCACAAUACAGACUCUGCUUAAUAGUAAUGCCAACAGCCCGGCGGCCUUGAUCAACCCCCUCUUUCACAAUCACGGUAUCGCGAGCACCACCGAACAGUUCGCCCUGCACAACAACAAUCCACGUGAGACCGCCGACUAUCGCGACGAGAAUGAUCGUGAAGAUAUAAGGCCACUGGAGGCGAUACAACCAACUAAUAAGGGAAAGGUGUCCAAGUUGACAAUAUCUCCGGUCCCGAAUACGCAAGAGUCGUCUCGUACGAACGUGCAGAUGAGUCAAACAUCGCAGCAGCAGAGGAUAUCCGACAACUUUCUGCCGACGUCCCCUGUCAACACUGAGACGACCGUCAGAUCGUUUUAUCCGACGCCGAGACCUUCGCCGAAAUCCUCGCAAUCGGUCGUUCAUCAGUCGGUUACCCAACAAGGGAGCAUUCACCGCGUGAAUUCGCCAGGCGUGACGGUGCCGCAGCUCAAGCCUCAUCAAAUUACCAUAAAUCUACCACCACCGGACAUCCAGAGAAUCGUGCAGAGUCCAUCGCCGUUGUUGCCGUCGCAAUCGCGAGUGAUCGUCACGGCGAAGGCGAGUGUGAGCGACGAGUCCGGCAGACCUUUGAACACCACGCAAUUGGUGACGUUGCCAUUGCCGACAAUACCGGCCAGCUAUGAUGAUUAUAAGGAAGGUGACGAAUCUUUUGAUCCGUUUUAUCGCGAUGUCCCAAAGGUCCCCAAGAAUCGUCAGGUGACGAGACAUGUGAGGGACAAGAUGCGACUGUCGCGCAGAAAACGAUCAACUCACAGUCAAUUCUAUCAUUUGAUUAACGGCGCGGAUAGUGAUGGGGAUUUUGAAGCGAUACGAAAGAGCGAAUCGCAGGAUAAAGUGACGAACGUAGAAAAUACGCCGCAUACCGAGAUUGGAGAUUUUCGAGCUAUUAGAGAGAGUUUGAUGAAGUUUAGAGAUAUCCUAUUCAGUGACGAAGCGGAUGAGGAUGCUUAUCGCAAUACUGCUGAUGAGAUUCAAAAUACGGCUAAACACGUCGCGAAGAAUAGCGAGAUUCUCGAAACAAAGGAUAUUGCAAUACAAAAGGUAGACGAUUUAGAAGAUUUAAAGACAGAUGCUUCAAAACAUUUAGCGUUAGAUGAAGAAGCAGAUGAGAAAGAAGAAGAUAAAAAAUUGAAAGAAGAAGAUAAAGAAGCAGACAGGAAAGAAGAAGAUAUAAAAUUUAAAGAAAAAGAUAAAGAAGCAGACGAGAAAGAAGAUGAUAAAAAAUUGAGUCGCGAAGAUUUCUCUUUGAACGUCGAAGCUAAUGCUGAAGAGUUGUUAGACAAAAAAAAGUAUAUUAAAAAUAUGUCAGAAUCAGAGUCUAAAUUAAAAUUCAAAACCAAUGAAUUUACAAGUGCUGGUUUGGAAGAAAACAAAUCUCCGAAAAAUGAUAAAGACAUAAUAGUACUUGAUUUCGACAAUGACUUCAAAGUGAAAACUACAAACUCAGACAUCGAGAUGUCCAAGACUGACACUCCUCUCGAGAUUAUUAUUGAGGAGGAAAGUAAAUUCAACUUACACGAUCCAUUGGAGACCGACAAAAAAGUUAUAAAUAAUGGACAACUGUCAGGAUACUUGACAAAGAACGAAUCGGAGGAAAGAUCGGGCUUCAAAACUGACGAAGAGAAACAACUGGGAGUUCUACGAGAAACAAUCGAGCGGGAAAGCUCCAAGGAUUCUAGAGAAGAAAAGUUUGGUUCGAGAAGGAAGAUUUCUCGAGCGAGAUCCUCGAGGAGACGUAUAUCUUCGAAAAUAAAGCAGCAAAAAACGAACCAUAUCGAACUGACGGAAACAAUUCGACAGAAAGAAGAAUUGGAUAAAACGACUACUACUAUUACUAGUGUCAUUACUAUUACAUCCACUACCCCAUCUGUCCUACCCUUGGAGACGAAAGUUGCGGAGCAAAUCGACAGCCACGUUUUCGGAGAGUCAGAGUCGCAAACUUUUAAAGAAGUAGAUAUGACGAGGGCGAUUGGUCAACACAACACAGCAUAUUCGAAGAGCUUGCGAGACAGCAAGACCAAUGACGUCGGGAGAGAUAAAGAGAUUGAGCGGUUGUUCGAUCAUCAAAUUAUGGAGGAAAGCGCGAGAAAUUCAGAGCAGCAUGUCGAUAAAUCUGAAGAAGAAGCGGACAAAAAAAUCGAAUAUACUAGUUUAAAAGAUACAAACUUUACCGAGAAUCCGCAAAGCGCAGACGAGACGGAGUCGACGGAAGUUAUUCACGAAGUUAUUUCCGAAGAAAAAAAGUCCGACGAAGAAUUAUUCUCGACAGAAUACGAAACUUUGGACGACGAUGACUCCAACGCGAAUACGAAAGAGGAGAAACUGGAAGUGAGUUCGGAAGAGACACCCAACAAGAUUUCCUCUCGCGAAGCCGCGGUUUCUUCUCGCGAGGAUGAUUCGGAAGAGUCAAGCGAGAAGACAAGCAUUGAUGAUUCGAACGAAGAUGAUUAUUCAACUACAAAAUAUAGUCAAGAGACAAAUUACGAAGAAUCAAACGAGUAUCCGGAUGCAGUGGACUCGUCUGCGGAAAAUUUGCGCGAUCAGGAAAAUUAUAAGAAAACAGAAAGCAUCGAAGAAUAUAUAAUGUCCACUGAUUACGCAAACUCUGAGGAAUAUAACGACUCUCAGGAAGAUAUUACGGAUUCAACCAAAGACACUGAAGGUAGCACCGAAGGUAUCUUAAAAUUCACGGAUGAAUUACCGAGGUCGGAUGAUGGGUACAACGAAACGAAGGGAACAUUGGAAUUUGACGAUGCGCACGAUUAUAUCGACGACAAUUACGAGCCGGAAAAUUACAAAGAGAUGGAAACUGCAACUGAAUCAAACGAUUCUAGGGAGGAGAAGAUCGAGGAGAUAGAUGAAGAAAAGGAAGACGCAGCGUCGAAAGAUCUCGAGACAAAUCGGAAUGAAGAUGAAGCGGAAACGCAGACGAAGCAUGAGGAAGAAGAUGUCACGGAAGUGGCGAAUCUCGAAGAAGUCACAAAUUUUGCCACGACUUUGUCAACUACUGUAACAGCGCCCAACACGACAGUGUCUACUACAACGAUGUCGUCGACAAGUACAACAACUACGACCACGACUACCACUACAACUACAACUACGACUACAACUACUCCUCGACCGACGACUACUACCACUCGUCCCACAUCACCGAAACUCUUCAAACCUGUUGGAAACAGAAGGAUUUACGCUUACACUCCCCCGACGACAACCCCGAUUCCGGUCGUGAUUAAAUCAAGGAUGGGCCUGUAUAAUCCAAAACCGGCGAAACCGCCCAAGUCCUACAACGAGUUGGCGCCGAAGCCGGUGAUCAGGAAGCUCGCUUUGACGCGUAAACCUAUUACUACCACCGCGGCUACCAUUGCGAUUUCUACUACUACGGAGAAGCGAAAUACAGAAAGUUCGACGGAAGAUACGACGGAGCCCAUAACAACAAUGAUGAUGACAGCGACGACUGAGUCUGGUAAAAGCGAGGAGAACGUUCUUGAAAGUAAGCUGGAGGCGAACGAACCCAUAUCUGUUGAUCACUUUGCGAAGAGCGAUCGAAUAAACAAGGGGGAUCAACUCUCGAGUCCGACCGAGCAAAAUACUCCCGUCAAUUCUUCGAAGAAUGCUGAUUCACGAAUCUCGACCAAAGAAAUCGAGACCUCCACCCUUUUGUCCAGACUGACUACCCUUGCGUUAUCUUCCGUUGAACAGAUAGAUGUGAAAACGGAACCGCAGGAAGAUACGGAAAGGGUCGAUAUCUCCACGACGACCUCUCUGCCCCUGACGACAUUGCCCCUUGAAAAGUCAUAUACCAAAUACGACACGAGUACCGACGAGUACUCCGAGGAAAUGGAGACCACAACUUCCGUCAAAAGCAAUCAACAGUACGUUACCGAAACUUCCUCUCUUCUCGCCGAACAAUUGACAUCAGUUUCGACGAUUCCGACCUCCAUUAUUUCGACUUUGACGAUUCCGAUCUCGACGAUUCCGACCUCGACUAUUCCGACCUCGACGACCGUCCAACUGGAAACUGACGAUGCCGAUUCCGUCACGACAACAGUACCCGCGAUUUAUCGGCCGAACGGUCGAAAGUUUGCUGGAUCGCGGAAGUAUGCGAGCUUUAAUUGCCUGGAGAAAGAGAUGUAUCGCUUCUACGGCGACGCUAGGGACUGCCGACUGUUCCACUAUUGCUCGCCCGGCUUUACCGCGCGUCAGGUGCUGGACUUUCGGUUCGUGUGCGAGGAGGGCACGGCGUUCGACGAGGAGACGCAAAGCUGCCGUCACGAUGUGCGUAAUCGGAAGUGCCGGAAUCGGUCUUGGUGAUAGCCAUGUCCCCUUCCCCUCCCGCUUUUGAAGCUUCCUCGACACUCUCGACUCCGUUGAUUUUGAUAAUUCGUGAAUCCUCCAUAUAGGACUCUCCGUAGUGUAUUUAUAAUCUCUUCUUUUUUUUUUUAACGCGCAGUACACGUAAGCAUAUAUCCCGAAGAAGAAGAGGGGUAUCCUCCCUCUCUUCUCCUAUUCCCCAUUGCCAUAGCGCCCCUCGCGCUGGAUUCACACUUAUUAAAGUUAAUGUCGAUUCAAUCGGCUCGCGACUGCUGAUCGGAUCAGGGCGCUGAGAAACGAGGAAGCACGUCACGCGUCGGCUCAGCUGAUUUACGUGCGUCGUUGUCAAACAAUCGCACGACACUGUUAGCGUUUAAGUCAGAGAGCGAAGAAUAAUCGGUUCCUACGUUGUUCUCGAGAGAUGCGAGAGAUACUUUAAGCGAGAAUACUACAAUUGCAUACAAUUGUAGUUCUUCUCACUUUUUUUCUUUUCACGCGAUUGAUUCAAUAAUGCGUGAAUUUUGUAAACAUGUUGCCGAAUAUUGCCGAGGAUAUCUACGCCCAUGAUUACUCUCGUUACUCUUAGCAUCUCGCUCGAUAGCGCGAUAUUUAUAUUGACGUUUUUUCGGAAGCAGCAGCCUUUUUCCCGAUCAAAGAGAUAAUUUUAUUCGAUAUCGAGAUAAAAUGUUAAAUAUAUUUUUGAUAAAAUAUACGCGCUCCUGCAUCCAGGUCAACUCUCAUCGUGGAUCAAUGAUACACAUCAGAAUGCGCUUAAAAAUGUAUGAAAAUAUGUUUAAUUGAAAUAUCUUGACACAGAAUACCACUCGCUUUUGAUAAGUAUUUUAUAUAAAAUUUUAUUUCAUGUAUGCAAUUAAUUUACUUUUUAUAAAAUUUCCUUUAUAAAAUUUUACUUUGUAUAUAUAAUUAAUAUUAUUUUUAAUUGUCGCGUGCAAUAAAAUGUGCCUACGAAUAAAAUAUCGUGGACAUCUAUAUUUGUUCUACUUGUAUCAAUCGAAAUCAAUUUCUCGUAGUACCAAAAAGUGCAAUAAGACGUAACAUCGUUGCUCAAGCAUUUUUUAGAUAUGAAUUUAGCUCGAUAAAACAUAGAUAUCUCGAAGUAACGCGUAGUCGAUUUAAUGCGUUACAACGUUACAUGUGAGAGAGCUGAAGAAAGGAAAAAAGAUUGCGACUUACGCAAUUUAUUUUAAUAUGCGUACAUUUGAUAAUAUUCACUUUACUGUUCGGCAUGUAAAAAAAAAAGAAAGGCUGAUCGCAACAAAGAAUUCGCAUAAUCUUUCGUACAUGUUCUGAUAAUUUUCUACUAUUAAUUAUGAGCGCUUUAAUUAUGAGUGAAAAGAAGCGCGUCAGCCGUAAAUAAAUAUAUGUUAUAUAAAUAUAUAUUUUUACGGAUUCCAUUUUUUUUUUAUUCCGGACCAUUCAGCGAUUUAGAUAGAAUCUAGGAAAUUCGUCGCCGAAUUGUGCGUGUGACUCGUUGAUAACUUUUAUAUAUGUAAAUACAUAUUACGUGCACGCAAUGACGCAUAAUAUUCGAGAAAAAUUAUAGCCACUAUAUUUUGUAAGCAAUUAUACUAUGUCAAUAAUAAUUGUAUAUUCAAUACGCA